AUGACUCUCUCGUUUUCUCUUCAUCUCCGUCCGUUUCUCUGCCUCUCCCUCCUGUUCAAUGUCAUCCCUCUCUUUUGCCCAUCAUUUCCCACGUCUCUGCCACACCACCCCUCUCUCCUUCUCUCUCUCUCUCCCACAGCACACACGAGUUCUGUCUUUUCUUUCUCUCUCUCUUGUCGUUGGUCGCUGGUGGCUGGACCCUUGACCCCGGUCGUGCUAUUCAACCCCUCUCCCUGCCCUCCCUGCCCUGCCUACUUCAAGGAUUAUUGCAACGAAGAGGAGUUGAUUGACGCAAUGGCUGCCGCCCGUGUUUUUGCCACAGCGCGUGCGCUUGCGCGACGUGCUCCCAGCACCCUUGCUGCCCUCGGACAGGCUCAACAAGCUCGUGUAGCUUUGCCCACCCUUGUGGCCAAGCGCACUCUGUUUGGCUUUGGUGUCCCUACGGAAGAGCGCCCAGCGCAGGCCGAGACCCCCUGGUACAAGCGCCAGGCCACUGAUGACUAUGCCGAGUUUAAUGAGAUUAUCUCCGUGGAGGAGCGACAGGAGCGUAUUGCCAUGACAGACGAGAUCCUGGCCUGCCACGAAAAGGGCGUCGUUCCCGACACGGACCUGUACAGCCGCCUGCUCAACAUGCUGAUGAAGUGGGAUGACCGAGAGGGUGUCAUGAACGCUCGUGAGGUGGCCGUCGAGAUGAACGUGGCGCUCUCGCCCGAGCUGUUGCAGAAGGUUGACGAUUACCUGUCGGACGCCGAGCGCCGCUUGAGCCGAUUAGAAGUUCAAAAUAAUCGGUUAUCGUCGUGUUUGCAUCGUUCCUUUUUGGGUCAUUUUUCGCGAGCUACUUGCACGAAUCACUCCAACCGGUGUCGGUCCCCGGGCUCAGCCAGCUCCCAGCAAACGUUGGCCAACCCUGAUCAGCACUGUCGCGUGGUUGUCACACAGCGCUCGCUCCGGAGGAGCUUCCCUCCCGCACAAGUCUGCUCCACCAGCGCUGGCGCUUUUGCCAAGACGAUAAUGGCUUUGAGUCGCGCGUGGUUGUUCCCGCUGGCCUUUGGCGCCACGCUGGGUGGCUACUACGCCAUGUUCAAGCUGCGCAAGGACGUGCCGUUUGUCACUGAGGGAAAGGCAGAGCGUGCUGAGCAAGCACGAGAAGCUGCCGAGGCUUUUCGUGCCACAGUCGCGCAAAAAGCCAAUGUGGACCUCAAGUAA